AUGGGAUUUCGUUCAUGGGAUCUGUACGAGUAUCUGCUAUUGCAACAGACGACUAAACAUUCAUGGGCUAUUAAAACGGCUACUCAGCUCGAGAAGCCGCGGUAUCUUAUCUUUGCUUUGCAAACAGGUCGGAAGAAUAUCAUGUCACAGAAUGUGAGCCAAUUCAAUCACUGCAAAUUGAGCAAUGUAAAACUCUAUCUGAAUUCGGAAUGUUAUCCAUACGAUGAUAUGAAUCUGGAUUUCGAUAAAAACAAAUGGUCGAGUCUGUAUGAUGCGUUUUCGCGGUUCUGGAAGAGCUAUUUCGGAAACGGGGUUCUUAUGCCUGGUCUCACUACAGGCAAUUUUCUAGAACAAGGGCCGUUUGUCAUUAUCGAUUGUUCCCGACAAAACGAGUCGGUCAAGAGCGCGACUGUGGACGUGAGAUUGGAAUUUGAGUGUAAGGAGAAUGUGCCAGUGAAUACCACUACGUACUGUCUCAUCAUACACGAUCGCGUGGUUCAGUACAAUCCGCUGACAAACGUCGUGCGCAAAAUUCCCUAA